AUGGCGGAUAAAGGACCAGUAGCAAUGAUUGAUCCGUCGCAACUAAUGCGACCAGAGCCCACCUUCAACGACAAACCCCUUCAGGCUUACCGCGACUACACCAUAGAUGACACAGACCCGAUCAAGGAGCGCGUGCGCAGAACAUACUACGAGAUGCACAGCAAGAUGACUGUUGAUUUAUUUAAGGAGAAACGCGAGAAGUGGUUGAAAUUUAAUCACUUCAAAGCGACAGUGAAAGAUGCCCUCAUCCGUCUCAACGAAGUCGUGGAUGAGUCAGACCCUGACCUCGACCUACCAAACAUUGUUCACGCCUUUCAGACAGCCGAGAGAAUCAGACAUGACCAUCCUGAUGAUGACUGGUUCCAUCUGACUGGCUUGAUUCACGAUUUGGGAAAGGUAAUGGCACUGUAUGGAGAACCACAAUGGUGCGUAGUGGGAGACACCUUCGCCUUGGGUUGCAAAUGGGCUGAUGCGAUCGUAUACGGCCCAGAAAGCUUUAAGAACAAUCCCGACACUUACAAUCCGAAAUACAAGCAAGUAUCGAUUUGCACUAAGAAAAAAAACUUUGUAACAACUACUUUAUACGGUAUGUACAAACCCCACUGUGGCCUGGACAACCUGCUGAUAUCGUGGAGUCACGACGAAUACUUGUACCAGUUCCUUAAGCACAACAAGAGCACCAUUCCCGAAGAAGGCUUGGUGAUGAUCAGGUACCACUCCUUCUACCCGUGGCAUUCUGGAGGUGAAUACCGACAUUUGACCAAUGAAAAGGAUGUAGAGACCCUCAAACACGUUACGGAAUUCAACAAAUACGAUCUUUACACCAAGAGUGAGAAAAUCCCUGAUAUUGAGGCGCUCUGGCCCUACUAUGAAAAACUUAUCGAGAAAUAUAUUCCCGGUGUUUGCGAAUGGUAG